UGUUUUUCUGCUCUUUUCAGUGCCCCUUGAUUAGAUCCCACCAUGGCAGAUCCAGAUCUUGAUUUCACCAGUGGAGACGCCGGGGCCUCCGUCACGUACCCGCAGCAGUGCAGCGCUCUGCGCAAAAACGGCUUCGUGCUCCUGAAGGGUCGUCCCUGCAAGAUCGUCGAGAUGUCCACCUCCAAGACCGGAAAGCAUGGCCACGCUAAGGUUCACCUGGUUGGUAUCGACAUUUUCACUAACAAGAAGUAUGAAGAUAUUUGUCCCUCGACCCACAACAUGGACGUGCCCAACAUAAAGAGAAAUGACUUCCAGCUGGUUGACAUUAACGAGGGCUUCCUGUCUCUCAUGAUGGACAACGGUGAUGUGCGUGAAGACCUUCGUGUUCCUGAGGGUGACCUGGGCAAGGAGAUCGAAUCCAAACACAGCGCUGGUGAAGACAUGAUGAUUACUGUGCUCUCAGCGAUGGGUGAAGAGGCUGCGGUCGGCAUCAAGGCCUUUACCAAAUAGUGAGCGUGCGAGAGACAGACGGAGAGAGACUGGGCUGCUCAGGCUGCAACAUGCACCACAUUAAAAUCUCCUGCUUUCUGGUUUUGUUUCUUCACCAAAGCUCUGGCCUUCUCACACAACCUCACAACACCUUACUCUCAUUCUUUUGUUUUUGUUUGUUUUUUUUUGUUUUUUUAACAAUCCCUGUGCCUCCUUCCAGUUACUCUGCUGGACUUUUUUUUUUUUUUUUUUUUUUAAAUUUUGUUCAGUUUUGGCAUUCUCUCGAAUCAGAUUUAUUUUAGGUUUUUUAGGUUAUUGUAUUUUUCAUUCCACUGUGUUUUCCUUCAUGAUGUUGGUCUGGCCAUUUACAUUCCUGAACAUUAAAGCAGGAUCUCUUUGCCAUGUAUAUAUGGCACGUAAGGAUACACACACACAAACAGAUAUACUUAUGAUUAGUUAGCAGAACAGAUGCCUUUCAGUGGAAUAUACGCGCAAUGCAUUUUAAAGAAGGGGGAGAAACGGCCCUCACUGACACGCACCAGGUUUUUUAUUUCUCCCCUCACUGCCUUAAGGGUGCCAUAACUUUUUUUUUUUUUAAAUGAAUUAAUUUAAACAUGGUUCAAUAUCUGCACUAAGGUCCGUUCUCUCAGUUGAUGCCUUUACCCAAAGUGAGACGCGAGUGUCCUGGUAGUUAGCACUUUGUAGUACUUUGAGUACUACUGGAAACACUUUUUUUUUUUUUUUUUUUUUGUUGUUGUUGUUUUAAGUAAAAUCACUAAGACAAAUAACCUUCAGUGGAAUUUCUAAGCGCCGGUCUCCAUUGUGACAUGGACAGAAGGAUGUGAUGGCCAUGUGCGAGUACCUCUGUAACGCAAUAGCAGCCUGCUUCUGGCUGUCAGACAACCUUAAAUAAAGUGUUGAAGCCUGA